CUGUCCCGUGAGCUGUGGUGCGUUGCUGCUACUAUAGUGGGCCCCCAUUUUUUGUGAGCCUUUUCCCGUUUCGAUUGCACCUCCAUAGGCACAGAGCGUGUGCGGAGGGUAGUGAGAAGCGGUGAAGCAGUGAAGCUUGUAAAAUCCUCUUCAUUUUGCUGUGGGAUGAGCAAAAGAAGCGUUCCGUUUUGAUGAGUAGUGUCUGAGAAAGAGAGAGAAAGCGAGAUACAAGAAGCAGUGUGUGCGAGAGUGUAUGCGUGCAUACGCGCGCGUUCUUGGAGGGUUUUUUUACCAUCGUGUACCAUCGUUGGCCAGAGUUCCACAAGAGGAGGAGGUAAAGUACCCCCGCAGGUGGAAGAAAAGGGAGGACAACGACUCCCCUCAGCGCACACACGAGUAGACCAGAAUACGCGUUUGUGUGUGUAUGUGUGUGUGUGUGCGUGUGUGCAGUUUUCUUUUCUGCGCCUAAGUGAAAGGAAAAAUCGAGAAAAUCCGUACGGUGUGGUGCCACACAGCAAUCCGUGUGCGAAGCAGUCCGUCUGUGUGCGUGGUUCCAGUUUUGGCAAGCAAGAAUGGAAAUGUGGUGAAAGCUUUCCUUUAUUCUGCUUGAUGUUGGAAUAUUUAGUAGAGCGAGUUGUGUGUGAAAACAACGACAAAUCGCGUUGUGGGGUAGUGUGUGAGUUCGUACCGAGCGGAGGGCCGACUAGUGAGUGAGCGAAGGAAAAUUUUCUAGAGGGAAUAACGCAUUAUUUUUCCCGUUUCCAGCGUGCUAUAGGUGGAGAUCUGGUGAGCAAGUCGUGUCGGGAAAGCAAGUGAAUAAUUGUAAGGCAUAAAAACACGGACGGGUCCACAAAGAGUGUGAAUUUUGUUUGAGAUUAGAGUGUAGUGCGUGUGAGAGUGAGUGAGAGUGAGGAGCACAAGAGGAACCAUGUCGCUCCCUAUCAACUCACUGUACAGCCUGACCUGGGGUGAUUACGGGACCUCGUUGGUGUCCGCGGUCCAGCUGCUACGGUGCCAUGGCGAUCUGGUGGACGUCACACUGGCCGCCGGUGGACGCAGCUUUCCGGCGCACAAAAUCGUCCUCUGUGCCGCAAGUCCAUUUUUGCUGGAUUUGCUAAAGAACACACCAUGCAAGCAUCCCGUCGUUAUGCUGGCCGGCGUCAAUGCGAACGAUCUGGAGGCGCUGCUCGAGUUUGUUUACCGCGGUGAGGUAAGCGUGGACCAUUCGCAGCUUCCCUCGUUGCUGCAGGCGGCCCACUGUCUCAACAUACAGGGGCUGGCACCGCAAACCGUCUCGCACAAGGAUGACAACACGACGUACACCACCUCGAUCCAACUACAUCCGACCUUGGUGCCGCAGAAUCACGUCAAGGCGGUGAUCGACGUAUCGAACAAUGUUUGCACGGCGGAAGAACUGAUCACAACACUCGGACCUACACAAACGGUACAGGCACAAGUCAUUGAAACGAUCACACCGGACCAGAUGUCGGAUGAAGUCACGAAGGAUGUCAUUAGUCAGUUUUUGCCCACACGCAAGCGCAAGCAGCGCACCAAGAAGACGGUCAAUCAAGGACAAGCAGGUGCGGCAACUAACAGUGCAGGCGGUACUCAGGCGGCCAAGGUAAUGAAAACGGAUGACGAUGGUACAACGAUUCAGGUGAUUGUGAACAAUGCGGAAGAAGCGACACCCGUUCCAAAGGACAUUAAGAAGGAAGCGAACGCUGACGGUACCGCGGUAGACACGAAGGAAGGCAUCAUCAAAAUCAAGAGCAAAUCUCAAUCGGAACAACCGGCAACCUGCCCGAUCUGCCAGGCCGUCAUUAGGCAGUCGAGGAAUCUACGUCGACAUCUGGAACUGAGACAUUUCAAGAAACCCGGCAUGAAAAAGGAACGCAUCCGCAAGAGCAAGAAAGGACAAGGUUCGAAUCCCAACCAAGCAAACGGAAGCAAUGGCACAAACUCAGGCAAUGGAACGGUAACCGGUGACCAGGUCGUACAACAGGCGCAGCAGCAAGUCGUACAGCAACAGGCCCAACAGCAACAGGUGGUACAGCAAGGACAACAGCAGACCACGAUCGACACGACCGGCACGAUAUCCGUCACCGUUUCCCAGGCCCAGGCACAACAGAUUGAACAGGCAGCCGCAAACGGACAGCAGCACGUUGUGACACAGCAUGAAAAUGCGGACGGCACCACAUCCCUUUCGAUCGCACAGGUUCAAACGCUCGAUGGCCAUCAGCUCGCAAUUGGAAAUCUCAACCAGGCCACACUGAUCCGAACCGGUGAACCGAUCGAAACGGGCAUCAUUGCAACGCACGAGCCGACGCUACGUCCCCACACGGAGCUGUUCCGCGUCGGCAACACCGUCUACACGAUAGAGGAACGUCGGACGGACACCACCAAUCGCCUAACUUAG